UCAUUGUGGCUCUCUCUAAUGCGGGCUCUUCCGUCUUUCUUAGUUCUAUUUCAGAGUAGCAGAGGAGCCUCUGGUUGCCUCCACCCUAACCAUGGAGCUUGGCCCACCAGCCAUGAACCUCGGAGACCCCAGUCUCAGAAGGGCUCCAAUCUCUCCCCUGCAGAGGUUUUUGCCUAUGACGAGAGGGACUUUGUGCUGAGUGGAGUAGAGUGGCAGGAAAACUGAGGGAAUCGUGGACCCCCUGGCCACACCAUGUCCCGCUUUGACAGAGUUCUUCAGUCAGGCUGGAAGGACAGACAGAACCGGGGACUCUUCCGCUACUACUUGGAGGAGCUGCAGACUCGGAUCCUGCCAGGGAUGGUAGGAUUUGUGGCCCAGCUGAACAUCCAAAGGGGGUCAGAGAGAAGGAGACCCCAGGAGAUCCAAAGCAUCCAGCAGAGAUUUGACCCCCAGCAGUUCAACUUCAGCAAGAUCCGGCCUGAGGAGAUUCUCUUUGGCAUGUCCAGGGGCCAGACUUCCUCCAGGCCCUGCUUGGUAGGUGCUCAGAUUCCGCCUGGCUCUGCCUUUGUCCUUGUAGUGAUCAAUAUCAGCCCUUUGGAGUUUGGGCACAUCCUUCUCAUCCCUGAUCCCACACUCUCAUUGCCACAGAUCCUCACCCCACAGGUCGUCUGCUUUGGCCUGGAUGCUGUCCUCCUCAGUGGCCACCCUGGCUUCCGUGUGGGUUUCAACAGCCUUGGGGCCUUUGCCUCGGUCAACCACUUGCACCUGCAUGGCUUUUACUUGAACUGGGAGCUGCUGGUUGAAUCAGCCCCCUGUGAGCCUCUCCUGCCCGAAGCAAACUUCUAUCUGCUGCAGGAGGUCCCAGUUCCCUGCUUCGUCUUCUAUAGUGAAGGGCAGCAGUUAGAGAAGCUGGCAGAGCGUGUUUGCCAGGUCACCAACUAUCUGGUAAAGAAGGAGAUCGCUCACAACCUCUUCAUAACCAGGGGUGCUAAACCAGAGGGGCCCGUCCACUCAGGAGCCCGACCUGGAAUCCGGAUCAUAGUCUGGGCCAGGAAAUCCUGUUUUGGUACCAAAGAAGAGUCUGCGUUCAAUGUGGCUCUCUGCGAGCUGGCAGGGCACCUGCCCAUCAAAACUGCCCAUGAUUUUGAGAGUCUCACAGAAGCACUGGCCAUUCGCACCCUUCAGAAAUGUCUCCUCCCAGACUCUCUGUUUUCCCAGCUCCAGUGUGAGCUGGUGGCCCUCCUCAAAGAGUGAUGUCACAGGGAUGGUUGUGCUUCUGGAAAUUCUGCUAAUGUGUGCCUGUUCAGUAAGGAGGGGAGAGAGACCUCGUUUACCCACAAAUGCCAUGGUAGGAGGACAUGCAAAAUUGCUGGUCAAUAAAGCAUAAAUUCAACUGAA